UUUUGGUACGAAUGAGGCAGGUCGUAAGUGCGGGUGGUCGUAAGUCGAGUAGGUCGUAAGUCGGGGAGGAGCUGUACAUAGGAAAACCCAUUUUUAUAUCAAAAUAAAGAUCGGUGUGACACUAUAAAUUGACCGUAUUUUGGUGUAUUUUAAACGAAUCUGACCUUCAUUUUUGGCGGUAAUUGCUCGCUUUUGGGCCCCCCUCCCUCCUACAAUAAUGGGGGAGAGCUUAACCUAACCCCUAGCUGGGAGCUCCACCCCAGGAUCCCUGGUGGGCCUAGCUUAAACUAAACUAAAUGUUUCAGUAGAAUAUGGGCAACUUGUAAAAAUCUGCCGGCAUUACUGGCUUUAAUUGCGUUUAUGCAAGAUAUUUAACAUCUUAUUAAGUAUGUUCAUAUGUGGCGUUACACACCCAGAACAUCGAACAACUGUGGAGGCCCCCAGUUAGUUUCUGGGCAAUCUCCACCAGACACACCGGUAUACUAUUGUUUAGUUAAGAAAAGUAUGUCAGGAAGACCCACUGCCCAAGGUGCUAUCAACGGCAAGACUAAGGCAAGUCUUGUGACUGGAUCACAGGUUGCACAGCGUCAUCUUCAGGAGUUUGAGUGGUGUCAGCAGAGAGGGGAUAUUGGUCGAAGCUUCUCACACUUGUCUCUGGCACUGUGCAUUCUGCCACACCUCAAGACUCAGUACUACACUACCUACUUGGAAGUUUUUGAAGACUGGAUAGCAAAAGUUGAAGAGAACAAUGGUUUCCAAGAGUCAAUGACCAUAUUUGAGGUUGCACUAAACCACUACCCUGAUUCUCCAGACCUUCACCAUCUGCUGGCAAAGACACUGUCCAGACAUGGGAGUGUGCGCGAAGCUUGGAAUUAUGCAUGUCUGGCUCAGGUGGAAUGUCCUCGUGACCCAAAUGUUCAAGAGACUCGAAGCCGGUUGACCAAUGCCCUGGUUGAUCGAUGGCACCUGCCAAUGCUCAAUGAUUCCACCAGAAAUGGCGCCUUUAAACUGGCGAUUGAAAGAGCAAUGGAAUGUGGACACCAGACCGUGCUGGAUAUAGGAUCAGGCACUGGCCUACUCAG